AUGACUUGGAUUAUGUUCCUGUAUCGAUGGAAUGCCUGGAGUAGAUGUAUCCGUUUGUACUACAGUGAGACCAAGGCCAAGCCCACAUUCUCAAUAGAUGAGAAUUCUGUCAAGGCGUCGUCUCCCAUCAUCAGUUUAAUCAUUUUGACUGAAAAACGAAGAAAAGCUGAUAUCAAACCUCUGGAGUUCAUUAGAGUUGACAAAAGUGCCGUUGCCAUUCCCAUUGAUCAAGUUGUUGUACUUGACGGCCAUAGCACCGACGGUCUACACACUUGUCAGUAUUGGUAA